AAAUGAACAAACUGACAGCAGAAAAGUUACAGCUACUGGAUGAAGCUUAUCAACAUGUGGUCAGACUGGAUCAGAUGGACCUGAAUGUUAAUUCAGUAAACACUUCUGUACACUUGGACUUUUUGAUCGAGAAGAUGAAGGAGAAAGGAGACAAAGAAAAGAUCCAGAAACUGGAAGAGAUUGAAAGCCAAGUUGAUGAAGAAACCAGAGCAGCUCUGCAACACAGGAUCAAUCUCAUCUCACCACCAUAUGAGGAUAUUUCAUCCGACAGCUUUCUGAUCUGUUCAGGACCUCCUGCCGUCUACCAGCUGAGGCCAAAAAAGAGAAAUAUUAACAAGAUAAAUAAAACCAUCCUACUUGUGGGGAAACAGGAGGGGAAAUCCACUCUGAUCAACACUCUGAUCAACUACACCAUGGGAGUGAAGUGGGAGGAUGAAGUCUGGUUUCAGAUCGUAGAGGAAGAGAAGAAAAGUCAGUCACAAAGUCAGACAUCAGAUGUGAUCGUGUACGAGAUCUUUGGUUUUGAAGAUCAAACUCUGCCCUACUCUCUGACCAUCAUUGAUACUCCUGGAUUUGGAGACACCAAAGGUGAUGAACAUGAUAACAUCGUUAGUGAAAGAUUAUUGGACUUGUUUCGGUCAGAGGAUGGAGUUCAUGAACUUAAUUCAGUGGGUCUGGUGAUGAAGGCGACAGAUAAUCGACUGAGUAAGUGGCAGAGAUACAUCUUUGAUUCUGUGAUUUCUCUGUUUGGAAAAAACUUGAAGAAAAAUAUUGUAGCUCUGAUCACACACUCAGAUGGAAUGCCACCUGAAAAUGCUCUUGAAGCACUUGAAGCAGCAAAGAUUGAAUGUGCCAGAAAUGAGAAGAAUGAGCCUGUUCACUUCCUGUUUGAUAACCAACAGAGCAAAGAGAGAAGAGAAUCAUAUCAGGGCUCUUUAAUAAAGUCAUGGAACUUAACAAAGAAACAAAUGGGGAUUUCUUAA